CCAAAUAAACAAAACCCUAUAGGUAUGACAGACGAUAUUUUUAGGUAAUUUCUUGUAUGUCAGUGAUUCCAAAGCAACUAACUUCAGUACGCAGGCGCCACUUUUGGAAACGGUAUCGCACGUGUAGAAGACAUAUAUUAUGUAAAACAGUUUAAGACACGCUGUCUUUAUGGGAAUUAAUGCACUGAAUCCGAGAAAAUGUCUGAUAGUAAAAAAAAACGGCCUUCAAAGAAAUUGUCUAGUGUAAUACACACUUCAGGCAUGACAAGAAGAAAGUAGAACAAAAGGAGAAUAGUUAAUUAACUAGUUAUCCAGCUAAAAGAUGUAGGGUAAAGCUUGUAAGCUAUUCUUGCUGAAAUUUGCAAUCUCAAAAGCUACAUUUAGCCGCAUAUUAUUGACGAUAGCGAAGCGCUGAAACGGGUUUCCGUCAAAGUCUCUUGAAUCGUCCGCUAAGUUCUUUCCAAAUUUAAGUUGAAAAGCCAAGUUCUAACUAUGAUUAAAUUAGACAUUAGCCCCGCAUUAUUGAGCGGUACCUUAUAUUGCAUUUCAAUGGUUUACAGCGCUCGGGAUGUAACCUGUUUAAAAUUCAUAAAGUUGCGAAAGGUUGCUUGCCACGAUCAACAAAGUGCCCUACAUCAGUCAGUUAGACAACUGUUGCCAAUUGUAACUUUCUUAUAAAUCUACACUCACGGAAUACCAAUUGAAGCUAAGCAGAUAUGGUGUUAUCUUUACGCCAAGGUGUAGCGCCGUCUCAUGUGCGUGCCUAUCCCUUAAGCGUUUUGCUACAGGUGGCAGGCACACUCUACAUAAGUACGUCAUUUUGUAGAUACACGUGGUCCAAUUUGAAAUAUGUUGUUAUUUUUAUUUAAAAAAUACAUCAAGAAGCUCGUAUAAGCAAUAGAAAAGUGCAACGCAAAACAGUAACGAUAGGAUCAUAGAUUCUACUCUUUUUAUUACAUCAACAUGCAUGAAAAACAAAGGAAACAUUGUUGUUUACUGAAAAAAGAGAGCAAUGACUGUUGUGCAUGCGUGUCACAUCAUUAUGCAGCCUUUGCUAAUUCCAACCCUUGCAUAAGUAACCUCUGCUCAGGAUUUCACGUUUGCCUGCCCUUAAAAGAUCGUUCGCCGAGCUAAUAAAAAAUGUGGCAAGCCUUCUAUCGAAAGUGGCUCGAAAACGAGGCCUGCCUAGUUAAAUCGUUUGGUAUAUGAAAUUUCGACUUUCAUUUACACAAACGCACUUAUUUAUGGCACGCGCCUAAGUUAGCCAUGUCCUGUUCGUUUGUGCGUUGCGAGCAAGAUGUAAGUGUGUCAUGCCUUGUUGAUUCUUAAUGUCGUUUCUCCCAUCUAGCCCUUAAUUGAUCAUGGAGGAUGCAACGAAAAAAUACAAAAAUGAGGAAUAAAAAAGAAGAACAUGCAACAAUCUGAUUAUGAAGAUUAAAUAUCUUUUUCUAGGAAAGCCGGUGCGUGGUGCAGCUAUAGAAUUGGGCCCGGGACUUGGCCGUACUAGAAGCGGGAGACGUCGACGGAGAUUGGCAGCUAACUUGGUGCGCGCUCGAGUGAUGCGGUGAAGGGACGUGCCUAAGGUUACGUGGCCGUAUCCGGCAGCAGGUUGCUCGCAGCCGCAGCUAUGGAUCUCAGUUGGGAAAGUCUCAGAACAGGGAGGAGAAGAUUAUCUCCCUUUUCUAACUACCUGCUCAGAGUGACUCUAGUCGUAGCGACGCUCUCAGUUAAGUCGCUCGUCGCAAACUCGGCGGUACCUAGCUUGCAAAAUACACCUCUUGAGCCGGUUUUGGCAACGUCUAACGAAGAAGCUCUCAUUGACUGUGUUGUCACGGACCAGCAAAAUUACACAGUUUUCUGGAGGAAACUUGCUGAAGGUGACACUGGCGUGGUGCUUACCGUAGGAACAAAUCGCGUCAACGGAGACUCGCGAUUUUCCGUUCUCCACAAUAAAAAUAACGAAACCGGGCAUAAUAGCUGGGUCCUUCGGGUUUUUCCAACGCGAGUCAGUGACUCGGGCCGUUACAGUUGCGAGUUGAAUACACAGCCCAACCAGAAGCUCACGAGGCUACUUACCGUCAUUCAAGAGGAUGUACCGGUUCGUGACGAAACGGUGUCACUUAAUCUAGCUCAUAAUUAUACAGCCUGCUGCGCGCGGCAGGGUAUUCCGCAAGAAUGCUUCGGCUACUGCACGCUUCACGGCAUUGUGACCGGCGCACACAACAGUCCCCGUUCGUGCCUAGAACAUAUUUCGACACUCACCGAGUGCCUAACAGAUGGCCGCAACCAUAUGCCGUGCUGUGAGGAGCAGGGUAUCCCUAAAACGUGUCGCAGCGUUUGUGUGGGUGAUUAUUCUCUCCAGACAAUUACCGAGCACUACAAAUGUAUGGACUACACGAUGCAGACACUCGCUUGUAUUUCCAGUGGAAUCGAGCUUUUACCGGGUCAACCGAAAAAUGUCGAGGUUCAACCUAUCUCGCCAACGCAAUUGAGGAUCGACUGGCUCGCUCCUCAUCAACCUACUGCUGUCCAAAACUAUGUUAUUAAUAUCACUGAACUUACCUCGUUCGAUCCGAACCUCAAAAUGAUGCCCGUCUCGACUGAGACAAAGCCCGAUGACAAAAAAGGUUCAGAUGAGGAGACAUCUGGCGUUAGCCUCGGUCACUCCAUCAAACUUCCCUCCAAUCAGACGUCGUUCACUAUGGACGGUCUCAAGCCUUCAACGAUGUACCAGAUCUCGAUUUUUGCCCAGAACUCUGAAGGCCAAUCGUUACCGACUCCUCCAAUCCGAGUUCUAACCCUUAGCGAAUUCCGGAAGAAAAAUGAUGGCGAUAAGAAGGCUGCUUCGGCGAAAGAAACUAUCCCUGAUAUACGCGCUUGCUGCGUCGAAAAAGAAGUUAAACAGGAAAGAUGCCUUCGAACAAUGUGUGAUCCGAGCCAUGCUCACGAGGCGACCUUGACAGAUAUCAUGAUUUGCGCCCCAUGGGCAAAUGUGACAUUCUCGUGUAUGGCCAACGACAUCGAUCACUCGGACUGUUGCCGUCGUCGGGGUAUACCUAACGAUUGCCUCUACUUCUGCACGGGCAAGGUGACCAAAAUCGAUUACAACCAUUUCAAGUGUCUCGAAUAUAUGCCUUUCUACGGAAGCUGUGUUCUUGAGCAUUACGGUGUUUUACCAGGAAAUCCUGUUGCAUUGUCAGUGAAUGGCGUCAGCGAGAAGUGGGCUGUCAUUUCAUGGAAACCUCCAAGGGAGAAAGCGGACACCGUGACGCGAUAUUCGUUUUACUAUCGAAAGCUUGAUGGAGAUGAUGACAAUGAUCCCUAUUUCCAGAUAUCAGGCGUUGAUCCACCUUAUCUCCUUGAUGGACUGGAGCCAUCGUCCACUUACGAAGUGUUCGUGGCGGCUGAAAACAAGUUCGGCUCGUCAGAAGGAUCCGAGCGACUGAUCUUCCGGACACACGAUAUUGAGCCUGAACCUAGAAACAUCACCUUUGACGGAUAUAACGAAACUCAAUGCUGUGUCGACGCCAAACUUAACCCUGAGUGUCUGCCACUAUGCAGUUAUAAGGUGAAGCUGCAUGACUUACAAAUGUUGGGACCUAAAUGUAUGCACCAGCUCGAUAUUUUAAUGAGGUGCGGUGCGGGUGGCAGGGACCACACCCCAUGUUGUCAGCGCUACUCGGUUAACCCAGCCUGCAUAUCGAUGUGCGCCGGAAAGACUACCGCCAAUCAGUACGACUCAUUCAAUCCCCGUCUCUGUACUCGAGAAAUGGGGGCCAUUCUUACAUGCAUGGAAGAAGGAACAGGCCAAAUUCCGUCGAUGCCGGUAGACUUCCAUGUGGCAUUUACUACUCCCACGUCCGUUCAUCUUGAGUGGGACAAGCCAGCUGAACCGACAAACGUAACCGAGUACAGAGUUUUUUGGACCGAAGUUUCCGCUGACAUGGUACCACCCACGCCACUUAAUUACACCAUGAAUAUAACUGUACGGGCUCCGAUGGCAAUCAUUAAUAACCUGACGGAAAACACAAGGUACAGUUUCUACGCAGUGGCCGCUAGCGAGUUUGGACAAUCUACGCCAUCGCUCAUCGUUCUCGUCACUACGCCAAUCAGUGGCGUUAACGAUAAAAGAAUUGAUUCCGUAUUGAGUCCACCAUACGGAGUCGAAGUGGUUCACUCAACGGUGCGUUCAAUCGCAGUUAAAUGGCAGCCUCCGCUCCACGUGCCAGCCAAUCAGGAGGUGCUUUAUACUGUUUACUUCCAAGCAACGAAUGUCACUGGCAAUGUUUCCGAUGUCGACGAAUUACCAAAUACUGUAACGACUAUGUUUACCCAAACGCUUUUGACAAACUUAACGUACGACACACAGUACAAGAUCUCUGUACAGGCACGCACUCCAGAGGGCAAUCGGAGCAGUCCUAUGUCAGAGGUGGUUCUAGCAUGGACGGACGCCGCAAUUCCGGCAUAUGUCAACUUGCCACUUAUAGCCCCCAUUGGGCCAAUUCGUGAAGGCAGCAACAUCACUGUCGCGUGUCUCGGUUAUGGUGUGCCAACGCCCAAUACAUCAAUCUAUAUCAACGGACAGCUCCUUGUCGCGCUUCCACAGCAUCAGGUGGCAGUCACACUGCAGCAUAUAACGCGCAAUAUAACUAGAUUGUCAUGCUACGCCGAUAAUGGGUAUGGCUCUGGAGGGUACACAAGCCUAAGCGUGCACGUGCUUUCCAGUCCAAUAGUUACUAUUCCCGUUGAAGAGGUCCAAUCUGAAGAGGGCGCAACGGCUAGACUUAGCUGUAAGGUGUCUGGCUUCCCGGAGCCGCAAUUCCACUGGGAUCGGGAUCGUCAAAGCAGAAAUUCUAUCCGAACAACAGACACGGUUGGACUGCAGGCAAUUCCUGAUACGGAGAUGCCGCAUACAUAUACGUCAUCCCUUAUUUUGAAGCACGUUUCGAAGGCGGAUUCUGGAAAAUACUUUUGCAGUGCAACAAACCAAUACGGUAUGAUGACACGUACCGUAAUGCUGAAAGUCAUGGAUGCAGUGCGCAAGAACUCUUCGUCGUGCUGUACACAUCAAGGCGUGUCAGCAGCGUGCAUGCCUGCCUGUGCUUACGAUGUCGACAUUAUGUACGCCUUGAAAAAACCUGAGUGUAUACAGGACCUUGAUAAGCUCAUGUUUUGUGCUGCCGAUGGCAGUGACCAUCGGGUCUGUUGUAAGAGUAGAGGGGUGCCCUGGGCUUGUCAGAGAUGGUGUGCAGGCAGGCCCGUGCAAGUACCCACGCAUUGCGCUCUUAUCUCGGCACGAGAAGUUGUUAGCUGCUUCGAGGAAGGCAAAGGAAUUUUGCCCGGACCUCCACUCAAGGUCAAAGGUGUUAGGCUACCCGGUGAGAUCGUUGUCACGUGGGAGCCGCCGACAAAACAUCCCGAAGUUGUGCAGUGGUAUAAAAUAUUCUGGAGGCAUGUCGGCUCGAUGGAUGCCAAUAAAAAUGAGACUGACAAGCGAGAAUUCCGCUUCCCAGCUGAUGACGAUAAGAUCUACGAGAUUCUAGUCAAGGCGGGCAACCAUUACGGCAUGAGUCAGCCGGCCGAUGCGCUCGUCGUACACAGUAAUGAUAUUACGGCAUACAGUGAGCGUCAGUCCGUCGCUGCAGCAGAUGGUAGCCGCAUUUUCAUUUCGCUUUUGGUUGCGCUAGCCGUUAUGGCUGCCGCAGCGGCAGGAUUCAUGUGGUAUUAUCGACGGCACAAACGUGCCACAAGCGGUGGCGGGCCAUCAAACGCUGCCCCACAUGGUGUUAGCUUCGAAAAUCCAACUUAUCUCAAGGAUGGCAUUUCGCUGUCGCCAGCGACCAACUCCGUCAACUUCAAUAGCGUGUUCGCCUUGCAGAAUGCGAAGGAUGCCAAUGGAGGCCUCAAGGAAAACCAGGGCGGCAGAGAGCGCGAUAGGAAUGCACCGGCCGAGAUUGAUUUGACCGACACUUCGGGACCGCGUGCUGUUGACAACCAUUAUGAGGACUUCCGACAUGUUCGGCUGCACUGAGACCAUUACAGCAGCAGGCUAAUGCAGAACGAAAAUGAAAAAUCCAAGAGUGCUGCUCUUCUCAGCCACGGAGGCGACAAUAUUAUAAUAUAUGUAGAUAAACUGACUUUGGAGCCUUUCGUAGCAAGUUCUGGCACAGCACGGGUAGACAAAUAGAAGCUGCGAUAAGAACAGCGUGACCGGCCUCGUAGAUCGUCCGAUUCGCGCAAUGCUCGCUUUGGGCACUUUUUCAACGAAUUCCUAUCCUACACUUACACGUACUCGUUCUCGCAGCUCUCUGACCAGGGCAGAACAAUGCCUGUGGUAUAAUGUAGGUAUAUUUGAAAUGUUAAAGAACUGCUUGGAUGACUGCAAACGAAGAGGCUGAGAUUGAAAAAACCGCGUCACUAAAGCCCAGGACAGCUCUUUCAAAAAAUAAUGUAAAAAUCGAGCUAGCUUUUUCAGUAGUUGGUAAAAAUAAAAAAUAUCAGCAGUAGGUUCAAUAUUAGCUCUUUAGCACGUAUUAGCUUAACCGGAUGCUACUUAGCGGAUUGAGAAUUUAUGUACGUGCGUGUUGAGCAAACGACAUGUUGCUAAUUUUAUCUAACGUGAUCAGUAAUUGUUUAAGAAUAAAGAAAGACGGCAUCUUACAGAAAGAAAAGGCAUGUAUUGUAGAGUUGUAAACGAUACCUUUAGGAGGUGUCGUAUCAUUGUUGCAACUAGGGUCAGAAAAAUGGAGUAUCCCUGAAAAUCGUGAGUUGAUAAAGCCCGAGAAGCUGCUCGGAAACAAUACGCACGAUAACGAACCUAUUACAGCAAAAUACAGCAACAGACGCUAUACAUAUGGUAGCGAACCUCUAUCAUCACUGUGAUCUGCUCUCCAGGUGCCGACGAAGUUAAGAUAAAAUCGACAUUUUUCUCAUAGAUAACAUUAGUUUAUUUGGGAAUGGAUAUGAACAUUUGUUUUCAAGUACUAUAGGUAAG